UCACAGUUAGAUUAUAUUGAGGUAUAGUUCUAAUAUAAAUAACAAGGGUUAAAGUUGCAAGUGCAAGUUAGUUAACUACGGAAGAAUAAAGAAAAGUGAGAGAGAAAAUUAAGAAGAAGAAGAAAAAUGGAUUCAUCAGGAUCAAGAUCAAGAUGUAGUGAUAAGGAGAAAGAAGAAGAUGAGAGGGAGAUGUUGGAAAUGGUGGAACAAAGGAGAGGCUUUGUCCAAGCAUGGUCAUUGAGACCACUCAACCAGCCCUCACUGCGCCACCGCUUGGCCAUGGCCCACCACGUUGAACAACAAAAAAUCGCUCAAUACGAACGACAAAAAAUGGCUCAACUCGAACUAAGGGCACGAGCCACUCGCGACCAAGGUGAUAAAGACCCUCAUCCCAUGUCGCAAGAAAUGGUGAAAGAUGGCACAACAAAUGCUGAAGAACCUAGUAGCAAUGCCCCUCAUCAAGAGACCACAAGAAAUGCAAAAGAAGAAGAAGAAGAUGAUGAUUAUGAUGGUGAUGGUGAUAAUGAUGAUGACGCACAACAGAAGAAUAAGAACCCACCAAAUGAAUAAGUCCCUUUUUGUUUCGCUACCCUACCUCACUGCUUUCAGUUCAAUUGUGUUGUCUGUACAUAAAUAAAUCAUUCCUUAUGAUUGUUUGGCUAAAACUAGUACUCGUAUAAGGAUUACCUGCUAUGGUUUCUUUGUGUGACUG